GGAGAGAGGUAGUAUCGUGUCGGACGCUGGACGAGGCGCACGCUCGAUGCGACGAGGCAGCGCGUGCUUUCACGCGUGGAAAGCAGGAAGCGGUGCGCUGCGGAUACCAGCAGGAUACACGCCACACGGUCCGGUCCCUUGUGCGUGCACGCGGCCCUGCCGGCUUCGAGGGGGGCUGUCGCCGUGUCCACGGGGCUGGCCAGGCCGUGAUUUUUCGCCGGUGCGGAGCCGCCAGUGUCGGAGUAGCAGCAGCAGUAGUAGCAGCAGUAGUAGUAGUAGUAGUAGUAGUAGGUGGCCGUCCGUGAACGGUAGGCGCAGGCCGUUCGAAAAGUAGUCACGGACCGUACGUUGUCGGCCACGCGGCACGCGUGAGUGGGACGAGGACGGAGAGCGGCCGAGCGCGGCCGAACACCGGCGGGAAUACACGAACGCGUCGCUCGGGGUAUUCUGACUCACCGCUGAUUGGCCGAAACCUCGAGGAAGUGGUCACCGUCGACGAGGGCUCGGACCACACCGCCACGUGAGUUGAGCGCCGUAUCGCGAUACGGGCAAGGAUAUCUCGUCGCGCGCGCCUUUUCACCCCCUCGAUUCCUUGUCCCUCGAUCCCGCGGAUCGCCGCCGGUUCAGACAACGGGAUCGCCUCGAGGAACGUUGUUCAGGGAACGCUUUCCACGUUUCGUCGUUGUGCUUUCACGAAUUCCUGCUUUUUAAUUAAAUCGUAAUUAAGAGAUUGUUCGUUUCAACGGAGGAGGUACGAUUUUCGUCGCCUUUUCGGACUCCUCGAAAUGUUAAACGGAUUCUUCGAAUCGAACGUCGAAUCGGGGAAGGAGGAUCGGUCUACGUCACCGUAGUCGUCACGUGGCGAUCCUGACCCGGGCCAACGUCACCUCCCUUGACAAAAUUACCCUCGAAAGUUUGAAGAUGGCGGAUUACCAACGUGAUUGCCGUAUCGAGGAUCAAGGACCUCCUCGCUCUCCUUUAACGAGUAUAGUUUAACGUGAAAUAUUUUUAACUGUUGCCACGUGACGUAUAUAUUGCUCCUCUAUCGAUACAAAAGAGAAAGUUGGUGGUCUUUGAGUGUUACAAAUGAGAAGUGAAUAGUGAACGAAACUGGAAACCUCCAGAGAAAAAGAAACUCCUUUUUUCCUCCUCCCCCUCCUUUUAUCUUCGACUGGAAACUGUCUAUAAGUGGAUCCGUAAAUUAACAAGUGUGUGACAAGUGUAUUCUAUGAUUUUCACAUCUUACCCGAAAUUUGCGCCUCGAAUGCGAGUCGAACGUUUGUUACAUCAAUGAAAAACGUGGGGGAGAAAAAUUGAUCGUCGGUUUGCGGAUCAAAGAUCGGAAAUCGAUGGGAUCGGAUCCUUCUCUUUCUUUCUUUCUCGCUCGCCUCGCGUUUUGUCUCGUUCGUUUUAAUGACAGUUGUAUCUGGUAACGGUACGUGUUUAUAUUAGUCGUGUCGAGGAAGAGAUCAACGAACUAAAUGGUGCGUCGAGGAGGGUAAAUCCGUAAGAAUAUUGCGAGAUUAUAUCCCGGAGGUUAAUCGAGGUGCUGUCAACGAUGAUUCACCCCGCUUGAGGACUCGGUGAUUCGGUGAUCUGGUUUGGGAGGGGAGGGGGGAGGGGGAGGAAAGAAAAAGUUGUUGAUCUUGUGUUGCACCCCAGAGGAGAAUACGACCAGGAAGAAGAAGAAGAAAGGAAGUGUUUCUCGGUGAUUGUUAAGCAAAAACACAUUCUUGUUUUCUGGGGAACGUAGGGGAACGGAAGGAGCGUAGAUGAGUUCUGCUGUCCCCGGUGGAAGCGUUAGCGGGAUAUCGAGGGCCGUUUUCGAUUUUUAAAUGGAAGGCUUUCAGGCUGGAUUGAACGGUACACGACACAAGAAGGAACCUCUACUUCUACGCUGGCGAACUUACUUGUUUCAGGUCAUGCAAGCGAAAACGGCCCACUUUAAUACCAAAUUUAAAGUUUCUACUUUCCGUUAAAUCGACGACACUACUUACCAAAGGUACGACCUGGGGUUGUGUCGGGGUAGCUAGCAAAACGUCUGUGAACGGUGGAGAAGAGAUCAGGACGGAGAGAAAUCGAACGAAGAGAGUGGAGAGCGGGAAGUGUUGUAGAAGAAAAAGAAGAAGAGGAAGUCGAGAGAGUGUAGGCGCAGGCGCCGUAGGUGAUGUGAGGCUGGCGCCCGCCUCACGUUUGGGGUGAUGCCCUCCAGUGAGCCUCAUCCCCCCCAGUACCACCUUCAGCACCACAACAUUCCUCCCUCGCAUCUCCAGCAGCACACGUCGACCGCGAUCGGGCAACAUCAGCUCUACCAACAGCUGGUGGCGGCCCAUCAACAGCACCAGCAACAACAGCAGCAGCAGCAGAGACAGCAGCAACACGGCGGUCCCUUCCAAAAUUCCACGUACACGCAGCAAAAGCAAGAGAUGAGCCCGGAGGAGGAGGGGGGUCGAGGGGGCGGGUCCCCCCCGGCAGCAGGGGCUGCGUUACACCAGCCCCACCACCCCCGGACGGCCAGUCCACCCUCGGGCACGGAACCCUGCACCCGCGAUGCCAUACCAACGCCCACCCCGAUCGCGGACACCACAACAACCACCACCACCACCACCAUGACCAUGCAGUCGCAGGGCCAACAACAGCAACAACAGGAACAACAAGGCCCAAGCCCUAGUCCCAGUCCAACAGGUGGCGACGUGGAGAAAUUUGACGGGAAAAUCGUGUACAAUCCGGAUGGCUCGGCGUACAUCAUCGAGGGAGAGAGCGAACUGAGCGAGGACGACUCGUUGCCAGACGGUUGCAUCGUGGACGGCCGCGGUGUCUCAGUCCCUCAUUCACUUGUAUUUCCCCAGAUCGCGAGCGCGUAUUACGUGUCGAGAUUAUACGCGCACCAAGCGUACCAACAGCAGCAACAACAGCAGCAACAACGCUCGGCUGCGCAACAACAUAACGCCGAUCUCCCUGUGAUGCACAGUUAUCGAGUAAUAAGUUACAGAAGCGCGGAGGGUAGCAAACAGCCGCCCCCGCCUCCAGCGGCGCCGCCACCUCCCGCCGCCUCGGUACCCGUCAAACCUAUCCUGAUGUGUUUCAUAUGCAAGCUGAGCUUCGGUUACGCGAAGAGUUUCGUGGCGCACGCCCAGGGCGAACACCAGCUUACCUUGAUGGAGGACGAGCGGCAGAUACUCUCGCACUCGACCGCGUCGGCUAUCAUACAGGCGGUGGGCAGGGGAAAGCAACCGUUGGUCAGUUUUCUCGAACCUGUGACGAGUUCCACUUGCCCGCAACCGUCGGCCGCGCAGAUGCAGAACCAGCAACAACAGCAGCGCACCGAGUCCACGGAUCAUGAAACGCCGACCACGACCAGCACGCCUGCCAGCACUCCAGGAGUACCGAGCAGUCCCCAGCAGCAGCAGCAGCAACAACAACCGCAGAGGCCAUCGCCGAGCACGCCGACCACUCCCACCUCGCACUCGAAUCAUCCUCUCGCGUAUAAUCAUCAACAACCGCAGCAACACCAGUGGACGGGCGGCCAGGUCAGCGCUGCUUCCUGGGCCAAAGCGCCAGACGCUUCCAGCAUGCAUUACACGUCGCCACCGCCACCCAGUUCAUCGACCAAGGGCUCGCCGUCUUCGUACGCCGCGUUGACUCAGCAGCCACCGAACUUCCUCACUGGGACGACAAUCGGCGUCUGCCCCGAACACAUGCAAGGGAGACCGAGCGGGGUCGAGUGCCCGAAAUGCGAAUUGAUCCUGGCCAGCAGCAGACUGGCCGGCCCCGGUGGACCUCUGGCCGGCAUCCACAGUAGGAAUUCGUGCAAAACUCUCAAGUGUCCGAAAUGCAAUUGGCACUACAAGUAUCAAGAGACUCUGGAGAUACACAUGAAGGAGAAACACCCGGAGAGCGAGACCUCCUGCAUCUAUUGCAUCGCCGGACAACCUCAUCCGAGGUUAGCUCGUGGCGAGACGUACACCUGCGGAUACAAGCCGUACAGAUGCGAGGUGUGCAACUAUUCCACCACGACGAAAGGUAAUCUCAGUAUUCACAUGCAAAGCGACAAACACUUGAACAAUAUGCAAGAGCUUCAGCAAGGUGGGGGUGGCGGUUCAACCGCGAGCAAUCCAUCGUCCUCGCAGGACGCGCCAAUGCCAACGAGAAGCCCCCAUCACCAGCAAAACCAUAGCCCGCACAUAACCGGCCAAGCCGGGAAUCAAGGGAAACCUAAACCAACGUUUCGCUGCGACGUGUGCAACUACGAAACGAACGUCGCGCGUAACCUCAGGAUACACAUGACUAGCGAGAAGCAUACGCACAAUAUGCUGGUCCUUCAGCAGAACGUGAAGCACAUGCAGACUCUGUCCGCGCUUCAAUCCCAUCACCAGCAGGCCCAGCACCACCAUCAACAAGCGCAACAGCAACACCAACAACAACUCGAGCAGCUGCUUCAUCUGGGCGGUUUGGACAAGCCCCAACACGCGGAGGCUGCCCUGGCGGACAUGGCUUACAAUCAAGCUCUGUUGAUCCAGAUGAUGACCGGUGGCCAGUUACCGCCGCAGCUACCACCAGAGAUUAUGGGCGGUAUGGCGAGCAUGGGCGCCAUGGGCAACCUAGGUGGUGACGGUCUGUCGCCCGACAGUAUGGACCCGCCACCCGAACCGGCGGAUCCUGACCCCUCUCAUCUCUAUCACUGCUGCGUGUGCAACAAUUUUGCCACCGACUCGUUGGAGGCCCUCGGCCACCACUUGGCCGUUGACCGGACGAGGACGCGAGAGGGCGAGAUCCUCGCUCUGGUCGCCGGCCACUUCGUUUGCAAACUUUGUUCCUAUAAAACCAACCUGAAGGCGAAUUUCCAAUUGCACUGCAAGACGGACAAGCACCUCCAACGUCUGCAACACGUGAACCACGUGAAAGAGGGCGGGCUACGAAACGAGUGGAAGUUGAAGUACUUGGCCUCGCCCACUAGCGCCGCGCAAUUACGUUGUCACGCGUGCGACUAUUACACGAACAGCGCGCACAAAUUGGCGCUGCACGCAGCCUCGCCGAGGCACGAAGCCGCGUCCCUGCUCCUCCGCCACUUGCUCGAGUCAAGCGCGAAUAUCCCAUCCCAGGGCAAGUUGUAUCAUUGCGCUUUGUGCGGGUUCAGCGCGAGGCACAGAUUGCCAUUGCUGCAACACGUCCGUUCGCUGAGACACCUUCAGAUGGAACAGUUGCAUCAACUUCAUCGGCGGAGCGGUAUACAGGGGAACGAGACACCGCACACCGAUAUCGGUGACGUUUUUCAGGUUAUGAGCGACCCCGACGCCCCACCUGCUCAACAGCCCAGUCCCACCGCGCCGACCACACCGAAUGCUACCAGUGCCAACAAUGACCGACGAGAGGAAGGUAGCGACUGCGGCAGCGAGGUGAAGCAGGAACCGGAUAACGAUCAAGAGGCUGAACAAGAGCCGGAGAACGAUCACGAGGAAGUCACCUGCCCGUAUUGCACUUAUCAGCCAACGUCGCGCGAGGAAUUGAGGCAGCAUUUGCAAGUUGCUCAUGUCCAGGACGCCGAGGACAAAGCGGAGGCCGUAAAGGAGGAGCCGCCUCCUGAAUUGUUGUGCCCGCUGUGCCAAGACGGGUUCAAAGAGCGUUCCGCGCUCGAGAAACACGUGAUGCAAAUACACUCGGUGAACGCGGACGGUUUACAACGUCUUCUGUUGCUGGUUGACCAGAGCCAUUGGCUGAACAACAAUCCGCGGAACACCUCGACGCCUGCCGUGGCAAUGCCGUCCUCACCGACCACCACCAUCAAGCAGCCGCAGGAGGAGGAUUUGAGCGAGCGCGGGGCCAACGAGGAGAUCGAGGAGAUCACGAGAUGCACCGUUUGCGGCCGUGUUUGCCGCUCGUUGGAGGAGCUGCAGCAACACCACAGGGAGAUCCAUCCUGCCACUACACCCACGCUCGCCGUCAGCGAGAAACACGUGUACAAGUAUCGAUGCGGCCAGUGCAGCCUCGCGUUCAAGACACUGGAGAAGUUGCAACAGCAUUCGCAGUAUCACGCCAUCAGGGACGCAACCAAGUGCGCUCUUUGCGGAAGAUCGUUUCGCUCGGUUCAGGCGCUCCAAAGACACCUCGAAUCGGCCCACGCGGAUCUCCACGAGGACGAAUUGGCCCAGUACAAACAGAGCUUGUUGCACGCCCAUCCGCUCCUCCAGGCGCUCACGGAGGAGGCGCUGCGCAGACAGGGCAGCCUUGUCGGGGAGCAGAACGUCGAGGACGAUGCUAGCAAGGCGGAGGAGGAAGAGAGCGACGCAAGCGACUCGUCGCCAUUGCACAAGGAGCAACGCCUGCUGGAGGAUUAUCUGAACAGCCAGCCGGUGGCCGAGGAUUCCUAUCACGAUCCAGGGAGGAAGUUCAAAUGUCAUCGUUGCAAAGUUGCGUUCACAAGGCAGAGUUAUUUGACAGGUCACAAUAAGACGUUGCUGCAUCGCAAAGGGGAGAAAAUGUCUUACCCCAUGGAGAAAUAUCUGGAUCCGAAUAGACCGUACAAGUGCGAUGUUUGCAAGGAAAGUUUCACUCAGAAGAAUAUUCUUCUUGUCCAUUACAAUAGCGUGAGCCAUCUGCACAAAUUGAAGAGAGCCAUGCAAGAGCAGGGUAACAACAACACGUUGAUCUCCGUGGUUCCGCCUGCCAGUCCGACAGAAUCGCCAGAUUCUCAGCAAGAUCAGGACAAGAAACCCUACAAAUGUAACAUAUGCAAGGUAGCCUAUUCCCAAGGUAGUACUUUGGACAUUCACAUGAGGAGCGUGCUCCAUCAGACCAGGGCCAGUAAAUUACCAGAUCUCGCUGCGAGCGGCCAACUCGAUCUCGCGCGUCCCCUGAUCGAACAGCCUCCACCUAGCAGCCCUAACAGUCCACCUGUCAACACCAGUACUUCCGGGAAUAGCGGCGCAAUGCUAUCCUGUCCUCGCUGCAGCGCUCUCUUCGUGAACCAAGAACAGCUUGCCACCCAUCAACAACUGUACUGCAUCUUCAGUAAUCCAUUGGCAUUGUUUCAACAAUUGGCGGCCUCGCAACAGCUCGCUUCAUCUGCGCCAGCGAAAACACCGCCUCCAACCUCCACAACGCCGGGACCUCAGCAGCACAUGCAACAGAGUGCACAACACUCCACGCAAACCGCCCAGGACAUCCUCUCUCAGCCCCGUCACAAGACAUCACAGAUGUACAAGCAUCUUUUGGAGAGCUUUGGCUUUGAUCUAGUGAUGCAGUUCAACGAGAAUCAUCAAAGGCGUCAGCGCAAGGAGGAGGAGGCGGCAGCCGCGCUUCAGGCCCAGCAGGAACAGCAGAAGCAGGAGCAACAGAAACAAGCUCUCGCCGCUCAAGCUGCUCGGGAGAGAGAGGAAGAAGCCGAGGAGCACACGGACGAUGACGUUAUACCGGAAUUGACCAGAAGCACCUGCCAGCAUUGUAAUAAAGAAUUCAGCAGCGUUUGGGUGCUGAAGGCACAUUGCGAGGAGGUGCACCGGGACUUGGUGCCUCGAGAAUUUUUGGAAAAGUAUGCUCAACAGUUCAAAUGUGAAUACGAGAAGAAAAGCGUGGUGGUAACAGUUGCAACAUCCUCUUCCACAUCAUCUGGGCCCAGAAGUUCGACACCAGCUUCUGGCCAACCGCAAGAUCUCAGUUCGGAUAAGGAGCAACGAGAGAAGGUGAAGGAGGAGAUCAUUGAGAAUAAGGACAGAGUCAGUAAGACGCCAGAAGCUACUUCUACAACACCGGCGACUACUCCAGCUCUGAGCAACACUCCAGUGUCGAGCACUGAUUCAACCACACCCACUGUGCUGCCAACCAAUCCCCAACAUCACAUUCAACAGCAUCAACAGCAGCAGCAGCAACAACAGCAGCAACAGCAGCAACAUCAACAGCAACAGCAGCAGCAGCAACAGCAGCAACAACACGCUCAACUGACUUUGGCACAACAAAUGACGGAAAUGCAAGCUGCUCUGAAUGCCAUGGCUGCGUCUCAGCUGCAACAACAGCUUCAACAAUAUCCUGGAUUGAUGAUGGGUAUGAUGGGAUUACCGCUUGGAUUGAACGUUCCUGCUUUGGCUGCUAUGAAUCUUCAACCCCCAUUGGUGCCAAUGAUGUUGCCGCCACCACCGUAUGAUGGUACAGCCACCGGAUAUCCGCCUAUCAAUGCUCAAGCUGAUCUCCUGGCCAAACAACAUCUCGCUUUGCAGCAGCAACAAGCAGCAGCCGCAAACGCGGCUGCCUCGCAGAAACGAGCGCGAACACGCAUUACCGACGAACAGCUAAAGAUAUUACGGGCGCAUUUCGACAUCAAUAAUUCCCCCGGCGAGGAGCAGAUUCUAGACAUGGCUGCCCAAAGUGGUCUACCGCCCAAAGUGAUCAAACAUUGGUUCAGGAACACGUUGUUCAAAGAACGGCAGCGCAACAAGGACAGCCCUUACAACUUCAACAAUCCGCCUAGCACUACCCUGAAUCUCGAGGAAUACGAGAAAACGGGGGAGGCGAAGGUCACGCCGUUGAACUCGAGCGUGUCCGGAAGCAGUUCCUCGGACGACAAAAGUCCGAACAAACAGGCGACCCCGCCGCCCACGGCCACAUCAGUCAACGCGUCCCAGCCGACCGAUAUUAAGCAAGAAAUUCAAGAACAGCCGCAGUGUCACGUUCAACAACAGUCGCAGCAUCAGGAGGAGCAGCAACAUCACUCGCCUGGAAGUUCGGGCGGGCAACAAUCGAGGCCGCACUCACCGGCGCUGAGCAUGAGCUCGGUGUUCUCCGGCAUCCAUCACGACGUGUCGACGCACGCGCCAUCGGCCACCAGCACACCAAGCGCCCCGAUGCUACCGCCGAAGCUGGCGCCCCAAAAUUUCGCCAGUCCUAAUUCGGGGGCGAGUAGCGUGGUGGCGAGUCCGAUCGCGGCGAUGGCGUUGACGCCUCAAAGAUCCUUGAGCCCUGGCCGCGGGCCAACCGAUUAUUCGUUCGGUGGAAGCACGAAUGGCAGCAGCUCGUCAGGCGGAAGUUCGGGGAAACGUGCGAAUCGGACAAGAUUCACCGAUUAUCAGAUCAAAGUGCUGCAAGAGUUUUUCGAGAACAACGCGUAUCCGAAGGACGACGACCUGGAAUAUUUGAGCAAACUUCUAGGAUUGAGCCCGCGCGUGAUCGUGGUUUGGUUCCAAAACGCUAGGCAGAAAGCCCGAAAGGUGUACGAGAAUCAGCCAGCCGCUGAGCCAGUGACACCGGGGGGCCGCGAGGGUGACGACGGUUCGGGCCGCUUCCAGCGGACCCCAGGCUUGAAUUACCAAUGCAAGAAGUGUUUGCUGGUGUUUCAGAGAUACUACGAGCUCAUUCGUCAUCAGAAGACGCACUGCUUCAAGGAGGAGGACGCGAAAAGGAGCGCCCAAGCGCAGGCGGCCGCGGCCCAAGUAGCCGCGGUUCUCAGUUCUGAAGACAGCAACAGCAGCUCGACCACCACCACUGCUAACGCAGUCUCCACCAAUCCUACGAGCGCGCCCGCCCUCGCGGAACAGUUGCAACAACCGUUGAACACAGCUACGCCGCCCCAUCAUCAGCAACAGGCGAUGGGACAGUCGCAUCAACAAUCGCAACAGCAGCAACAACAGCAGCAACAACAGCAGCAGCAGCAACAACAACAGCAACAACAGCAGUCGCAGACUGAGUCGAAGGAGGGUAGCUUUCAGUGCGAUAAAUGCAAUCUGAUGUUCGGACGGUUCGAACUGUGGCGCGAGCAUCAGCUGGUACAUAUCAUGAACCCGUCCCUCUUCCCACCCGCUUAUCCACCAGAUUCACCCUUCGGGAUCCUGCAACAACAGGCGUUGAACGCUACGACGGGAGUGGCGACCGACGCCCCUCACCCGUUGAUAGCGAUGAUGCAGGAUAGAAAGAGGAAGUACGAGGAUUUCGAUGAGGGGACAGGCGGCGAAUCGCGAUCGAAUUCCGAGCACAGCGAGCAGCCCAAGGACAAACGACUGAGAACGACCAUACUGCCCGAACAAUUGGAUUACUUGUAUCAGAAGUACCAGGUCGAAUCGAAUCCAUCGAGAAAGAUGUUGGAGACAAUAGCUCGCGAGGUCGGGUUGAAGAAGCGCGUGGUGCAAGUGUGGUUUCAAAAUACUCGCGCCCGCGAACGAAAGGGUCAGUUCCGCGCGCACAGCCAGGUGAUCAACAAGCGUUGCCCCUUCUGUCCAGCCUUGUUCAAGGUGAAAUCCGCCUUGGAAUCGCAUCUGAGCAGCAAACACGCCGACCAGGUGGCGCGUGGCGAGGUUAAUAUCGACAAUAUCCCGGACGAGGAGCUGUCGAUGGAGUCCGCUCCCUCGAACCCUAGCACGCCCAACAUGAUGCCUCCCCUCUUCCCACCGUUCAACACCGACAUGGAGGCAUCGUUGAAAAAGUACUACGAGGAGUCGAUGAAACGAUACAUCAGCGAGUUGCAGGCCCACGCCAGCAACGGGAAACAAGAGACGGUGAAUCACCAGGCGAGCAGCAACAGCGGCGAGUCCCCUCUGGAUCUGAGCAAACCUGUCGAUCUUAGCCGCCCUAUGAAACUGAACCUGGGCGGGCUGGGCAAUCUCCUCGACGAGCAACACGGUGCUCAUUUUCGCGGCGGUAGCGAUUGCGGCCCGCUCACCGAUCUUUCCGAAAGAAGCAUCUGUGAUGACGACAGCAUGAGCGAGACCACGGAAUUCCUAGACGACGAGAGCGGACCCGCGAGCCCUGCCUCGAGCACGCAAAGCUCGAGACAGGGCCCGGCUUCCGCGGGAACUGGAAGCACACCAGGCCCGCCGGUCACCGGAGCAGGCAGCGGGACAGGCCAAUCGAGCGGCAAGAGAUAUCGAACCCAGAUGUCCGCCACCCAAGUGAAGGUGAUGAAGUCACUGUUCUCGGACUACAAGACGCCUACGAUGGCCGAGUGCGAGAUGCUGGGGCGCGAAAUCGGCCUGCCCAAGCGCGUCGUCCAGGUUUGGUUCCAGAAUGCCCGCGCCAAGGAGAAGAAGGCUAGAUUGGCCGCGGGUCUGCCCGCCGAGGGCUCGGCCGUCCAACCGAAUCGCGGCCCGACCGGGCCCGACGAGUGCAGGCUAUGCUCGGUCCGAUACUCGGCGAAAUCGCCGCUCCAGGAGCACGUAUUCUCGCGGCGGCACAUCGAGUCGGUGCGUGUCGCCGUCGAGGAAGGUAGCCUCGUGCCGCCAACACCCGGCGCGCCGAUCGUUCCUGGCGGCAACACGAGCGCAGCGGGGAUCGGUGGCUCGCCGGUGGUCGGCAACCAACAGCAGCAGCAACAGCAGCAGCAGCAGCAAUCGGACGAAAACAUGAUGUACGGAUCCUUGUUCCUCCAUCCAACGGCGAUGUUCCAGCCACAGCAACAGCAACAUCCGGGCGCCGCAGCGGCAAGCACGGCUACCACCACGGCCGUAGCGGCUCCAGGUUUGAGCGGCAGCAUACACGGGAGUGGGCUAAUGUCGUUGCACGUGGAAGGGGGUACGCAGGUCCAGGUGCCGCGCUCUCUGAUGCAGGCGUUCCUGCAGCAAGACCCGAACCACCCGGGUCUGGAGACGGUUCGAUUGCCUACGCCCCCGUGCGGCUCAGAUGAAAACGGGCCGCCCCAGCACUGUCGCGAGGUGGAGACGGAAUUGUGCCUGGUCUGCCGCCGUUGCGGCCGAGCUUAUCCCCAAGAAUCGACGCUGCUCGCGCACCAACGCUCCUGCUAUCUCGGCAAUCAGCAGCGUCGCGGCGCGCUCCGCCUCGUCCAAUCUCGUUACGCCUGCUCCCUUUGCGACGGGAGCAACGCGUCGGGCCGCACGUACACGACCAUCACCGAGUGGCGGCGCCACGCUGAAACUCUGCAGCACCGUGCCCGCCUCGAGGCCAACCACCAGGUAUCGAGUCAACAGCAACAGCAGCAACAGUACGGCAAUAUAGGGGAGUCUGGCGGGGGGGAGGAGGUGCACCCGCUCACCGACGAGAUGGAGGACGUGGUGAAUCAGAUCACCCUGUUGGCGGCCCGGGCGGCAGCCGAGAGCACGACUGGCCGAGAGCAACCCCAGGCGGCGAGCCAGGACAACAACAACGCUCCCGACAUGAAGAGGCAGAAACUGGUCCAGGAGGUUGCGGCUCUGGCCGGUGCACGUUAGACGUUUCGUGGAAACGAAAGGGAACAAGAGGGGAUUGCAUAUUUGAGAGAAGAGAGGGAAAGGUGGAAAUGGGCAGUGUGUUCUUCUCGGGUGCUCUUCUUCGAAAAGGGAGAGAGAGAUAUAUAUAUAUGAUACCCGAUAACGAAUGAAUGACAAACAACGUUCCUAAACUGGCUACUAGACAAAGGGGAGGGGAGGUUCCAACUUUAGGCAGGGGGAGGGGAGGGGGGGAGAGGGGGCUUUUUCUUCCGCUCCGGGCACCGGGGCUAGAAGCCACCCCGGCUAUCCCAGGUUAUCGUCGCGCGUGGACGGUGGACGACCAAUCGACGAGGAGUACUCGCCGCGUACAUGGACCUCUCUCUUUUACUUACGAGUUUUCAUUUUUCUCGCCCGCGCACUCGCGCGCGCGCAAUUUAACUUAAUAUUUUUGUUACAAUAUACAGUAUAUGUACACACAUAACGUAAAAGCGUGCCGAAAAGAAGCGCGCUCACCAAAGUUCCUUCGGACGGACAGAACGAAGAAGGGAUGGGGAGGGGGUGGGGUGUCAGUGGAUAAAAAGAUAUAUGAAUAAAAUAAAAUACGGACGAAUCGAUUAUCGGCUUAUGCUGUUUUUAUCAAACAGAGACGUUUGCACGUUUGAUUAAGGAAGGAUUUUUCAAGAUUUUUCUUGAUGGAAAUCAUCGUGGAAUCGGGAGGAUCGACACCCGUGUAACUCGCUUCGCAAUUUCGGGACGGGGAAAGGGAAGAGUGAAUGUACGAAGGCGAAUGAUAUACAAGGCGAAGGGGGGGAAGAGGAGGAGGAAUAGGAGGGAAUGGAGCGUCGAAUCGAGGACGCAGGGAUAACGCAUCGAGGUGGGCUGAUUUAAACGUUCCUAUGUAAAGUAAUAAUAAAGAUUUAAUGAAGCAAAGAAAAAAAAGAGAAAAA